AUGGAGGUACUCAUAGACUCGGAGAUAACUCUAAAUGGAUAUGUGUUCGAUAUAAUGGAGAAACAGCGCACCUGGUACACCGUAGGGACUCAGGUGGCAGACCUGACAGCAGAUCAGCUGUGUGACAUAUUGCACUUCAAUGCUGCCACCACAGCCACUACACACUCCCCUUAUCCUCCAGGGAUGUCAUGUACGCUUAUGUACAUGGUGGAUGCACAAUCGCUACAAGGGCCUCACGAGAAGCGGCUACUCCACAACCUCCUCGACCACUACAACGUCCUAGAACGUCCUGUCGCCAACGAGUCAGACCCUCUUCAACUCAGUUUUGGACUUACCCUCAUGCAGAUUAUAGACGUGGACGAAAAGAAUCAAAUAGUAACCACAAACGCGUGGUUAAACUUGGAGUGGAAUGACGUCAACCUAAGAUGGAACUCGACAGAGUACGGGGGGGUAAAGGAUCUGCGGAUACCCCCUCACCGGAUAUGGAAGCCGGAUGUCCUUAUGUACAACAGUGCUGACGAAGGGUUCGACGGGACGUACCCCACCAACGUAGUAGUCAGAAACAACGGCAGCUGCCUGUACGUACCGCCGGGAAUCUUCAAGAGCACGUGCAAGAUAGACAUUACGUGGUUCCCCUUUGAUGACCAGAAGUGUGAAAUGAAGUUCGGUAGCUGGACCUAUGACGGAUUCCAGCUGGACCUGCAGUUACAAGACGACGGAGGGGGGGACAUAAGCAGCUUCAUCACUAACGGAGAGUGGGAUCUGUUAGGUGUUCCCGGAAAACGGAACGAAAUUUACUACAAUUGCUGUCCCGAACCCUACAUUGAUAUCACCUUUAUCAUUAUGAUUAGAAGAAGGACCCUCUACUACUUUUUCAACUUAAUAGUCCCGUGCGUUCUCAUCGCCUCAAUGGCCGUUCUAGGGUUUACGCUGCCACCGGACUCUGGCGAAAAACUAUCAUUAGGUGUCACGAUUCUCCUGUCCUUGACGGUAUUUCUUAACAUGGUUGCGGAGACUAUGCCAGCCACCUCAGACGCCGUUCCUCUGCUAGGUACCUAUUUUAACUGUAUCAUGUUCAUGGUGGCCUCGUCCGUCGUUUCGACCAUCCUCAUCCUCAACUAUCACCACAGGAACGCGGACACCCACGAGAUGUCGCCCUGGAUCAAGUCGCUGUUCCUGCACUGGCUGCCCUGUAUCCUGCGGAUGUCGCGCCCAGGAGGCGGCACCGGCGGAGAUAACGUCUCCGACAGUCGGAAGUCGCUGCAGCUGCGCGAGCUGGAGUUGAAGGAACGGUCUUCCAAGAGCCUGUUGGCCAACGUUCUGGACAUCGACGACGACUUCAGGCACGGCACUCUGCAGUCUUCCAGUCACACCUUCCUGCGAGGGCACGAGGACGGCGGGGGUGUCCUACACUCCUGCCUGGGGCCACACCGCGAGCUCACGCUCAUCCUCAAGGAGCUGCGGGUCAUCACGGACAAGUUGCGGAAGGAGGACGAGGCGGCGGAAGUGACCAACGACUGGAAGUUCGCCGCGAUGGUGGUGGACCGUCUCUGCCUCAUCAUCUUCACUCUGUUCACGGUGAUAGCCACCAUAGCCGUUCUGUUCUCCGCACCGCACAUAAUCGUCACGUAAUCCUUCCGACUGCCGGCCACCCCCGACGUCUGCGGGACUGACCACAUAUCAUCAGGAGUGACGGGGGGGAGCUGUCGGAUACUAGAAAGUGCCCUUAGGUGGGCUCUCGUGGGAGGGGAGUGGGCAGUCGGUCUCCGCACUUACCGAGUGUACAUAACGGGUAAACGCAUUAAUAAAUUACUUUGUUCAGACAAAUAUCGUCGAAACUUUUUACUAAUAGUAAUUGUACAUUAGUAACCGUAAUAAGAGACAUCAUAAUAAAAUGUAACUAACUACUAGUGUAUUUCCCCAUAACGAAUUUAUUGAGAGAGUGGCUCACAUGUAAGAUGCCACGUUGUUAAAACUUUUGUAAUCCGAAGUGGGAGAGUACCGAGUAUUGGACAGUAGUGGUUAGAUUUCGUAAACCCAUAUUUAUUAAAACUGUUAUAAAGUACUUUAAAUAUAUUCGUAAUUUUAAAUGUAUUUUGAUUCUUAGGAUAAUAAGUCGAGUUGAAAGUGGCCCUUGUUCUUUGUACAAACAAAUGUCCUUUUUUAUUUUAUUUGGGUAUCUUAAGUUCCAUACAAACAUCUUUUAGUUAGAUUAAGCACAGUUUGAAUGACAACGUUCAUGUAUUAUGCUGAAAUGACACGAACUUUAAAUCAUAAAUCAUAUACAUAAAUUGUUUUGUGCAUCAAAACCAAAUGUAUCUGUUAAGUUUUUAUAUCUUGAUCAUAAAAAUAAGUCAUACUUUAGUUCUCUUUCCUAUUUCCACAUUAAGUUAUAGCAGUCACUUAAAUUAUCCAAGUGAUGGGCUCAACUCACAACAAAGUCACGGACACUCGAUGUAUUGUUUAAGCAGUAGGUAGUUUUAACACGUGUUCUUAAAUUCGUUCCCUCUAAUGUUGAAAAAGGACGAUUAAUCAGUUUUUUGCUUGUACAAAGAAACAAGAGGGCGCUUCAUAAAAAUUUCUAUAAUAUAUUGCUCGUGCCUACAUUUGUUACGCUCAUCGAGGCGCUGUUACCAAACUGUGUAAGUGUGAUCAGAGGGAAGAGUAAAAAUAGUUAAACUGUCUGUGUACAGCAAGUGUGUGUACAGCACAUGUUGUUUUAUACCAUACAUUACAAUGUUGUUCCGCCAGUUGUAGUCAAUCUGUUGGUAAGCUUAUUGACUUUGCGGUAACCGACAAACAUCUUUUGGUUUUGUACAUCCGACGUGCCAAAUUUGCAUUUAAUUUAACAGCUCGUCGUAUCGAUGUUUUUCCAUGUUUAUUUUCGCGGUUCAGCUAAAUCGUUUAAUUUACCAACUUUUAGUGAAACAAUAACGUAAACAAUAAUGUGAUGCGUUAGUUAAAAAGGUAAAACUAUUUUAGUUAAAUAUCCGUAUUGACAUCAGAAGUGUCCUUAAACGUUUAUUGCUGUUGUAUUGUUUAUUGUGUACCUAAGGCACGCUAAAUUCUUAAAAGCUGGUUUUGGUAAAUGAAAAGAUAAUAUUGUUACCUUCAAGCUUUAUGUGUUGUUCAAUUUAAUUGAUUUUUACCAAAGUGGAUAAGUACCACUCUAAAAACGAACAAAACAUUUUUUCAUCGACAAAAACCACUUAACAAUUUCAAAUUAUUUAAAACAAGAAUUGACCGCACAAGUUUCUAAUCUUACCACACCAAGCUCUUUUGUAAAUAUUUAGUUGUGCGUGGAUCAAAAAUUGAGUAGUGUAGAAGCAAACCCAUAUGCUGCCGGGUUCUUCUAAUUUUCCCGAUAAUUUAACAUUCUCAUUGAAAUACGCGAAUAACGUGUGUACUUUGUUCCUUUAUUUAUCUAUGUACAGUGUUUAUUUUUGUUUACAAUAACUGCUCUUUAAUUUAUAACAGUAUAGCUUUUCGGUUAAAAAGUGUUUUAUAUGUAUUUUUUAGAAGAUUUAAAGUAUGGAAAUUGUCAUAUUGCACCAAAAUAGUUCCAGAUUGUACUACUUUUCAUUUUGAAGAAUGUAUACAUAAAUAUUUGUUAUGAACCAACUGAAUAUUUUUAACUAACACGAUUGUAUUACUGUACAUCAUAAUUUAAACUAGUUUACGACUUUAUCCCGAAGCUUGGCAAUGAGAAUGAACCUUAGCUUAUAAACCACCAUAAACCUGUCAAUAGCUUUAUAGCUUAGAUAUAUGUACAAACAUUUUCUUAAUAGACUUUUAGAUUCAUUCUUCUAACUAAAGGUUUCACUAAUUUUUAAAUUUCUCUGGUACAUAAGGAGCACAUGACCUAUAUUGUAUUGUAUGUAAAUAUCAAUCUGUAUGUGUUUACGUUAGAUUCUAAGUAAUACCAGAUACGUACAUUUAAUUCAAAACACCUGUCAGAAAGGUUGGCUUGUUUUCUUUCAUUGAUUAAAAGUACGUUUUUGUAACUGCUACAUUAACCACAUUUAACUUUCUUCGUAUUAUUCAGCGUUUGUACUUUACAAUAUCGUCUAAAGUCACGCUCACGACUGCUUUGAAAUAACCAAAUAAGCCAACCUCAGCUCGUUUCCGAUAUCAUUUAAAUUAUUGUUUUAAUCUAAAUGAGUUGAUUUCCCGAUGGUCGAGCAUCUCAGAUUGCUCCAACUCGAACACCCAUCACAUAUUGUAACCAUCUUGUCGUUUGGAACAGAAGACCGUAUACAGGACUCAUGUGUUUGGAACCUUAACCUAUUUAUGCCCCAGACAAUCUGUACAUACAUGUGUACAUGUAUGUGUAUUUGUACAUGCUGUACUUUUUUGUGGUUGUUAGAAAAUCUGGUACUAAGGGCUUCAUGUUUCUGCUGGCGAUCCCCCAGGCAACCCUUAUCCUAGUUGUCAUACCUCGAUUGGAAUAGCUCUUCGGACUGUUCUGCCAGCCAUGUUUAUUGCACCAAUGUUGAAUUAAAAAUAUUCAUAUUCCAUUGUGUUUAUUUCACACAUUUUACAGUUCACGUUAGAUUCCCUCCAUCGCUUCUGUGACAAUAUUUGCAACUCACCCCGGCUUCGCCACGAACUGAACGAAUGUGAACGAAUCCAAAACCUGUUAUUGAUAUUUUUAUUUUUACUGCCCUUUUAUUGAGACCUUAAUUUUGCUUAUUCUUGCUAGAAAUUCACUCAUGGAAUCACUUUCGAUCCUCGGACCCGUAUAUGAAUAGCAAUACAAUACUCCAGCUAAAGCUAAGUAUUAGCAAUACGCUCGUUUACUAAGCCAUCAAUAUCUCUAAAUGUGCCCCUGUUGCCAUGUGCGUGUGAGAGUUUAUAUAAUUCUUGUUGAAAAGUAUCAAGAGUAAAAUAGAUGUUGAAUUUCACUGCCACUCAUGAUUGUUUUUGUAAGACAAUAACAAUGUUUAUUAGAUUAUUAUUUCAAAGUCUAAAUUUCCUUUUAUGGCACACACUACGUCACUAUGUAUUCUCGUAUUAGCAAUGGAAUUUGUAACUUAUUCAGAUCCAUAACUCAUUUAGCUAACGGACCUAAUUACUAUUUAAGAACUUAGAAUGAUCCAUUUAUAAAUACUACUUACAAACUUUGUACACUCAAGGGCUCAAUUCCCAUUCUUAGUAAAUACAGUAAUACCAAUAAAACUUUAUCGCCUGAAUUACUUUAUAUGAACGUUAAUGGGCUUGUAAACUCCAGUCUGCACUAUUUCUCUUGUUAUGGAUUAUAAAUGUUGUUUAUUUGGCUAUGUAUGAAACACUAAGUACAUGUGAAUUUCCAAACUAAACAAGUAUUACAAAACUAAUGUUUUGGGCCUCACUAUUUUUUUUUAUUGAACUCUACCACUCAACAUUCAUACACAUCUAAUCUUGAUAGGCUAAAUUACUUUUUUAAUUUUGGGUCAAUAACUAUAAAUUUAACAUCAAUGUCGAAGAAGGCCUUAUUUUACCAGUUGAAUUUAGGGCUAAAAAGCCCUCUCUAACACUUAACAACCACCAUCAAUGGACAGGCAAACGGGCUGCUUGCAAGGACAGGAUCGCUCAGCGGUCACUCAUCCAAGCCAGCCACGCUUGACGUUGCUUGAUUUGGUUACUUGCAAUAACCGCCGGCGCGCCGUACCCGCUACACUGCGCCAUUGGCGAGUUAUUGUUUGUAAAAAUACCAAGCAAACUCACUUUUAAUUUAUCCCAUUUUAGAAAUUUAAAUUUUUCUUACAACAGUAAAUGAAUUACACAAAAGAACAACAGAAAGUUUAACUCAAUCUAAUAUGAAUUAAAUCCCUUCCUUACACCUAACAGGAAUAAGGAAAAUUAACACGUUACCUAAGAAAUGUGUUAUAAAAAUUAUUCAAAUCACAUUCUUCACUAUUUCAAAAUUUGUUGCAAGAAGAAACCCGUGUAUAUUUUCGGCGUAUUAUAUUUUCUAUAGUCAUUAAUUAAGAAAUCAAUCUCGUAUAUAAAUAAUGUUCACGUAAUAUUUAGAUGAUACAAAAAUGUGUUACCUAUAAAAAUUUAAUAUCUUUUUGGGGAAAUUGUUUUAUUAUAAAUUUAUUACUUAUAUAAAUAUAUCUUUUCCAUGAAACCUAUUAUAUACUUAGUUAAAUUGUAGGCCAUAAAACAAAAUAAAUGCUUUACUCACCAUUGUUCAAAAAUUGUAUAAAUUAAAACAGUACAUUUACUUACACGUUAUUGACAUAAUCUCACACAAUUAAACGUAUCUUACACUAAUUGAUUCUAAAUUUUACUAUCUCAAGUGAGGUGAGAUUCCUUUUGCCCUUAAUGAAAUUACAUUAAAAAUCUAGUUAUUGAUAGCAAAUUUUACCGUAAAGAAUAAGUGUAAUUUACAAGCUCACCCGGAAUUCCGAUGUUUCGGUUCAGUGACAGUUUCUUCCAAAUCAAACCCUGUUUUGUUCAAAAACAUGUUUUAGUUAUGUUGUUAGUUCAAAGACCACGUCAUGUUACCUAUGAUUUACCUGUACAUUUUACAAUAACAAAACGCACACAAGCUCUUGUUACGAAAACUCAAUUAAUCUCAGCACUUAGACAGUAACCGAACUACUAGAAAAGAUUUGUAGGGUAGUUUCCUCAGACUUUCAAUCACAGACAUCGCAUGUUAUUAAACCACUGUCAUGAAUGCAGCACUUAAAACUGGUUUAAUUCCUUCAUAUAAUACGAAUUUAAGUAAAAGUCAGUUUUCAGUUUCUCUAGAACUUUAAAACUCGGUUUGACGUAUAUCCGUUAAGUACCACAAGUGUUUACGUUCACUUGAACAAUAACUUAUAUAUUGGUGUGUGUUUCCUUACAUCUAAUUUUCUGACCAUUAUUUACUUUAUCCUUGAAACUGUUCUGGAAACUGACUUUUCCCUAUGUUAGUAAUUAAAUGGUAAUAAAAGUAUUUGUCAUACAAUUUAUGUCUCAUUGCUUUUUUAAUUCAUACUUACCAAUUUCUUGUAAAAAUGUAUGUAAAGUUUAAAGCUUAAUAAUUUUUCCUUCCAAGAUAUUAACCAUUGUUAAGGUCUGUUGACUCUGAUUCCUAACUCUUGACGUUUGUUAAGCGUAUCUCACUCGCUAUUCCGUUUGCUAAGGAGUGUUUGUUCGUUUGUUUGUUUUGUCAGUGUGUGGUUGUGAGCUUUGCGCGUUGUACAUAGCUGUAGGAAAACACAUCAGACGGCUGUCGGGGGGGGUCCGGGGCCCGGAAUACGGCGGUGACCCCCCCUUCUGUAAUAUAGUCUUUUCUUGGUUAUCCUGUAAUUUUACAAAAUUUUAAAACUUUGAUAUAAUUUAUUCAGUUGUCCACUUUGUAUGUGUUAUAGGUAGUAUUUUAUAUUAGACUGUUAACGUCGCUCGCGUCGACUCUAAGUACUAUAUUAAAUUGUGAUAUCAAUAGUGACUUUAUACCUAAUUUGUUUAUAGUGUUGUACUGAGGUUGUGAACCGUCUCUCGCUCAUUGAUUGCGAACGCGACCGCGAUCUGAUCGCGACUUGGCGUCAACUACAGACGUUACUGCAUGUCCUUCUCUAUAGCUUAUGUGUGUGAGAGAAUGGGGGAGUGGGUGAUUUCGUAUAUCGUAUACACCUACACAUUGUUGCUCAUAGCAUUAGAGUUUAAAUAUAUCAUUAUUAAACUGUGAAUAACUAAAAUUGAUAUAAUGAAAUUUUAAUAAAAUACUGUUAUAAUAAUAAACUGGUUAA